AUGGAAAGUCAGAAUACAUCUAGUAAGAGUCCGGAAAUAGUGAAAAACGCCACAGAACUAGUUUAUCUCUUGGUGAUUGCCCUUGUGAUGGAUUCCUUCACAGAUAUUGAUAUCUUUGGUGACCUUCAGGAUGCCUAUAACAACCGCAAAGUCCCUGUCUAUAUCCUUCUUGACCAGGACUUUCUACCCCAUUUCUUGGAAAUGUGCAAGAAUUUAGGAGUUUGUCCUGAGCAGGAAAGCCUGAUGAGAGUUCGAACCCUCACUGGGAACACGUACUAUAUGAGGUCAGGUGCCAAAAUUGUUGGGAAAGUCCAUGAGAAGUUCAUGUUAAUUGAUGGCAUUAGAGUGACAACGGGCUCCUACAGUUUCACCUGGUCCGAUGGGAAGCUGAACAGCAGUAACUUGCUGCUGUUGUCAGGUCAAGUAGUUGAACAUUUUGACCUGCAGUUCAGGAUUCUUUAUGCCCAGUCGAUGCCCAUCAACCCGAAGUGGCCGUCCAGCUGCAGGAACAGUGGGAUAUUUGAUCACCUGGUGAACAGAAUAGAGUCCCCUAAAGAAUAUACCGUGGAAGGCAACUUGAGAGCAGAAUUUGCCAGAUUGUCUAGUACUCCAAAGAAAUUGUUGAAAGAACUAGAUCAGGCCGAAGAUACUCCUGGAGGCAAACCUUGUAACCUGGGGCAUUCUUCCCUCUGUGAAGAGGAGUGGUUCAGCGAUCAAGAGGCCAUGGUGGAACGGAAAAGCGCAUCGACUCAAACUGGCCCAUGGGAAGAGAAGCCUGUGGUGACAGCGUGUAAUGCUGCCACGCAGACCCACGCUGUAACGGCAGAAACUGGCACUCAGACUUCUGUUGCUGCUAGAAUGACGGGCACUCAGACUUCAGUUUUGCUGAAGACUGCAGUGACACAGACAAAGGAAGAUGAGUACACAGAAACACCCCUGCUUCACAGAAAGCUGUCAAAAGAAGGAUCUUCUCUGUCUGGAAAGGCUGUAUCAAGUUCUAGUCUGCGAUCGCUGUCUUCGUCAUCAUCGCAGUGCUCUCUUGCAAGCUCUACUGGCUCACUAUCUUCUAUCCGGUCCUUUGAAUAUUCUAGCAGUCACAGGGCAGACUAUUUCCAAAAACUGCAUAAAGAGAGGCAAUUCCACUACUCCACUAUCAGGUCAAAGCUUAGCCACAUGGUGGAUAUCCUAUCCCGGAGGGGACAUGCGCCUGUAAACUACACGACCCAAUACACCGGCAGAUGCAAUCUAAAACAGAGGCGCGACAUCAGUGCCAGCCUGCGCAGCCUCCGGGACGUCUCACUCUUUUCUCUGAAUAAAUGA